AUGGAUAUUUUUUUAUAUAAUUUUUUUGUAAAAAUGAUCAUUUCGGGUCUGCUGCUUCUCGGAUGUUGCUUUGUGUGGCCUGGCAUGCAUGCCCAGUUGGUCUACAAGCUGGUGAAAAUUGACUGCCAGGGAAAUUCGGCCAGGGUCAACAAUAUCUCCUGCCACGUGAAAGCUAUCAAUUGGAAUAUGGCGGUCGUGAACAUGGACUGCUUCUUGAUUGUGCCUCUACGGAAAGCGGUUCUUCAAGUGCAGGUAUUCAAGAAGGACUAUUCCAACCAGUACAAGCCAUUUCUGGUUGAUGUCAGCAUCAAUAUGUGCGAGAUUAUCGAGCGAAGGAGCUACAUACCCUAUGGAGUCAUAAUCUGGAAGUUACUGAAGCAAUAUACCAAUGCUAAUCACUCCUGUCCCUUCUCGGGCCAGAUGACCGCUCGGAAUGGUUACCUGGACACCAGUCUGGUUCCACCUUUUCCCCAGGGCUUCUACCUAAUCAGCAUCUCAUUUACGGACAUGAAUUCCAGCCACAGCGAGUACGUGGGCACUGCCAAGUUCUACAUUCAAGCCAUGGACCAGAUUAGGACCAAGAAGAGACCCAAAACCUAA